UCUUCAUUUUUCUAGCUUUCCCUUCAAAAUGAGUUCCUCUGGAUCUGGCUUCAGUGGCUCCGACCACAACCUCAAUUCCGAGGGAAGAGAUCCUGGUCUUACUGCUCAGAAGCAGAUUAAGUCUCGGAUUACACCCAAGAUAGUGAAGCGCGUUCAUGUUUUGAGACAGAUAGAGGGGCAGCAUAAGAAGCUGGAACAACAAUUUUUUGAGGACAGAGCUGCACUGGUAGAUAAAUACCAUCAGCUUUACAAACCUCUCUACGAAAAGAGAUAUGAGAUUGUUAAUGGUAUCACUGAAGUGGAAGGAGUGAAAACUCCAGACCAAGGACAAGAAGCCACUGAAGAGAAAGGAGUACCUAACUUUUGGCUGUCCGCACUGAAGAAUAAUAAGGAACUUCUGAUAAUGGAGCUUGACGAACACGCUCUCCAGUUUCUCAAAGAUAUCAGGUGGUGCAGGAUACAUGAUCCUAAAGGGUUUAGGCUGGAAUUCUUAUUUGAUCCUAAUCCUUACUUUCGAAACUCCGUCCUGACAAAAACAUAUUACAUGAUUGAAGAACAUGAGCCCAUAUGGAGCAAAGAAAUCGGGACGGAGAUUGAUUGGUAUCCCGGGCAAAGCUUGACAAUCAGUCCAAGAAAGGACCCAAAGAAUGCCAAGUCCAUGACUGCAGCUGAUAUUUGUUACAGCUUUUUUACGUUCUUCAAACCUCCCCAACAUGAUGAUUAUACCGGGGCAGAUAUGGUUUCUAUGUUCAAGACUAGGAUAGAAAACGACCGUGAAAUGGGCUUAACAAUUCGAGACAAGAUCAUCCCUUACGCGGUGUCAUGGUUCACUGGGGAAGCUGUUAAAGGAUACGAGUUUGAAGAUGACGAUGAUAGUGAAGACGAUGAUGACAGUGACUAUUAUUUUUACUCUGAUAGAGAUGAUGAGGACGAGGAGGGUGCUGCUGCUGAAGACAAAAAUAAAGAGGAGGAAGAUGGCAAAAGAAAGGAAUUAAGUAGAUGGACUAAUGCUGAGAAAGCAAUGGCUGUGCUAACGCUGCAAUAGCAGUACCUGAAUUAGAAGAAUCCGCGUCCCAAUCUAUGCCAAGUGAAGCAGCUGCAAGUGAUUCAUAGUGACGAGGCUCGACCAGAGGCUGUUGAAGCAUUGGAACACAGUUGCAGCACUAGGCAUAGUCGUAUUCAAUUCUUAAAACACAAUAAUUUUUCAAUUGUAUAACUAAUGGAUUUUUUAUUUUCCUAAAAACAGUCACCUUAUUUUACGAUUUUCCAAUUGGUUUAUUUUUAUUAAAGAAGGUCAGAUAUUUCAAUUUUUA